AUGGCCGACAGAGGAACCAGCGCUCCCCGCGGCGGCGGGUUUGGCUCUCGUGGUGACCGUGGCGGUGACCGUGGCCGUGGCGGUCGCGGAGGCCGUCGGGGCGGCCGUCGGGGCGGCGGCAAGAAUGACGAGAAGGAGUGGCAGCCUGUUACCAAGCUCGGGCGUCUCGUCAAAGCUGGCAAGAUCAAGAGCAUGGAGGAGAUCUACCUGCACUCUCUCCCGAUCAAGGAAUACCAGAUCGUGGAUUUCUUCCUGCCGAAGCUGAAAGACGAGGUCAUGAAGAUCAAGCCUGUCCAGAAGCAGACCCGUGCCGGCCAGCGCACCCGGUUCAAGGCCAUUGUCAUCAUUGGUGAUUCAGAGGGCCAUGUCGGACUCGGUAUCAAAACCUCUAAGGAGGUGGCAACGGCUAUCCGUGCGGCUAUCAUUAUUGCCAAGCUAAGCGUGAUUCCCGUUCGUCGUGGUUACUGGGGAACCAACCUUGGUCUCCCCCACUCGAUCCCGACAAAGGAGAGCGGAAAGUGCGGUUCCGUCACAGUUCGCCUUAUUCCGGCUCCUCGUGGUACCUCGCUUGUUGCUUCCCCGGCUGUCAAGCGCCUCCUUCAGCUGGCCGGUAUUGAAGACGUGUAUACGUCGUCGUCCGGCUCUACCAAGACUCUUGAGAACACGUUGAAGGCCACCUUCGCAGCUGUUUCGAACACCUACGGCUUCCUGACGCCUAACCUCUGGAAGGAAACUAAGCUGAUCCGCAGUCCCCUCGAGGAGUUUGCAGACACGCUGAGAGACGGCAAGCGCUACUAA